CUACCUGAAGAGAGACUGUCCUCUGAAACACAGAGUCUACCUGAAGAGAGACUGUCCUCUGAAACACAGAGUCUACCUGAAGAGAGACUGUCCUCUGAAAACCGAGAGAUGAAGCUGUUCGAGGCUAAACUGAAAGUGAAGACGGCUCGUUACGAGAUCGAUCCGAACCCUGGCUUCCUGUCUCAGCUGCAGAGAUACGAGCAGGUGCUGAAAAUGAGACGAGUACAGAAAGAGAGACAGAAAGACAGACAGAAAGAGAGACAGGUGGAGAGACAGACUGACUGACUGAUUGACAGACAGACAACAAUCAAACAGACAGAGACUUCCUGUCUGUGUCUCCGGUUGUGAAUCUGACUGAUUCAAUCUCUGGUUUUUACGAUGGUGUAUUUGGGCCAUUGUAAGUUUAAACAUUUUUUUUUAUUAAGAGCUGGAUAAAUGGAUUAACAAUCUGGAAACAAAUCUGAAUUUUCUUAGAUUAAAGUCAUAUGAGUCAUGAGUUUAAUCUCCAAAUUGUUUUAGUUCUAUUUUGAAAAAUAAGCAAUUUUAUUUCAGAGAUUUUCCAAAAUGAACCUUUUUAAUGUAAGAAAGUUUCUGAGUUACUUGUCUGUACAUUUAAACUUUAUUCUCACUAAUGCUGUGAUUUUUGAUUUAAUUUUUUACCAACAAUGGCCUGAAUACACGUCGUCAAAUGUGAUGGAAAGGUCUAAGCGGUUUAUUUUAUUUAAAGCAGAUAAAAAGGUCCAGAGUUUUAGUGUUGUUCAAUCACACCAACAAAAAGAGCAGAGAAUUAUGCAAACAAUAAAAUAAAUAAAACCAGAGUGAAAUAAAUAGGAUUAAAUAAAUACAAAUAGAGACUAUAACGUUAGGGCUGUGCAAAACCUUAAUACACAUUAUACCUGUUAUUUAGAUUAAAGUAGUUUACUCUACAGUUUGAGUGCUAUUAGUCAAACAGGUAGACCUUACCUGUGGUAAGAGCUUUCUCUUUUUUUAAUAAGGGCUAAUUGUUAUUCUAAUCAACUAUAGGUUUAUUUUUUCAAUAUCAAAAAGCAACGAAAGGCUUUAAUCAUUAAGAAAUGCAGCUUAUUAAGUCAAGAUAGGUGUUUCCUCGUUAUUUUACUUUCAUUAAAACAUCCUCAAAGUGUCUUUAAGGAUUUUAUUUUUGUAUAAACCUAAAAGUU